AUGACGGUGACAUACUCGUUGGACGUCGCGACGUCGACGUUCUUCACUCAAAUGAAAGUGUUGUUUCGGUGGAAAGUGAGUUUUUAUUUUUUAAUUUCUUCGUCUAACUUUCUCGUUAAGGUAGUAAGAGAUAUAGAAAGCCAAAAAAAUAAUUUUUGCAAAUAAUUUUUUUCAAGCUUUAGACAAUUGAAAAAUGCAGUCCAUUCAUCACCAAGUUUCCAAAAAUACUAAAAAAAUUCAGCCAUCCGAUGGAGAAUUUUUUCUGAAUUGAAAUUGAAAUUCUCUCGCUAAAAUUAGAAUGGAAAAGAUUUCAAGUUGAAAAAAAAAAUUAAAAUAAUCUUAUUCACACCACUGGUCAAUAAAAUCAUAAAGUAUUUAAAAAUGAAUUCGUAAAAAAGGGCCUAACUUUAAGAAUCAAUAAAAAUUAGUGGUCCACAUAUUCAGGGCUCCGUUUGGAAAGCGGUCUGGAUAGAGCUACUAGUCUGGCUGAGCAUGUACUUUACCCUCAGCAUCGCUUAUCGAGUUUUCAUGAGCAAAGCUCAGAGAGCGUCAGUUAAAAGGGAGACUCCUUUGUAAAAGUUUAUGAGAUCUUCAGGCAAUUCGAAGAACUUUGCAAAUUUCUCGACACCUUCUCCGCUUUUAUUCCAGUCACUUUCAUGCUCGGAUUCUAUGUCACUGCUGUUUAUAAUCGUUGGACCAACGUUUUUGCAAAUGUUGGGUGGAUCGAUGCGUGAGUUCUUUUUAUUAGAAAAACCUCAAUUUAUCUUACUGGAACUGAAAAAGACAGGCUUUUCUCAAUUAAAUUCUUCAAAACCAGCUCAACUAACCUGUUCAAGAGCGGCUCUGUCGGUGGCGCAGUACAUCCGCAGUCCAUGCGAAAAGGCCCGCAACAUCCGGCGGAGCAUCAUCCGCUACUUGAUCGUCGCGCAGACGUUGGUCUACCGCGACGUUUCUCCUGCCGUCCGUCGGCGGUUUCCCACACUUCGGCAUCUUGUCACUUCUGGUGGGUCUUAAAGAAACUAUUAUUUCCCGACCAUAUUCACUAGGAUCUUUCAUCGCUAGAUUUUUUAAAGUUUGUAAAAACUAGAAGCUUACGGAGAUCCGUCUCUUCUCUCUCAGUUUCUUUUCCGAUUCAUCAGGAAAAUUCGAAAUUUUCAUUAAACGAAACAUUUCGUCAAGCUUUUGGAGGAAAAGCCUGCUUUCAGGCUUGUUGAGGGAAGACGAGUUGGCCGAGUUUGAUUCUGUGGUCUCCCGUCCGGCCAAGUACUGGCAACCAGUUCAGUGGAUAUUCUGCUAUAUCAACAUGGCUCGAGAUGAAGGGUUCAUCCGGGAUAGCUAUCUCUAUAUUGAUCUCAAUGCGGUUAGUUGAAUUCAAGAAGAAAACCGAGGGCGGAUCAAAAAUUCAGCUUUGAGGGGAAAAUUUACUCUGAGAAAUUUUCUUUACUGCCUUCAAAAAUGCUUCUACGAAGAAGGUCAUUUUGAAAUCCAAGUUUGGGACUUCAUGAAAAUUGGCCAGAACACCCCUUGGUAUACAGUCCGUUUCCGUUUUUCACGACUUGAAAGGGCGGGAAUUCUCUGCGCCCUCCUCGUCUCUCGGCGACCUCUCAUGUUGACGCGCUGUUUCCAUGUAUCUCUGACCUCUCUGUUGAGGGAGCAGAGAGACGCAGACACUCGAAAACUGUCAAGUCGCGGCGGAUGGACUAUAUCAAGAGAAUAUUUUGAAAGCCCUAACCUUGAAAAUUUCUUAGUUUGAGCUCGAAGUUACGAAUUAUUCAACUUUUACAAAAUUUGGUGGCUUUCUUUGAGUUUGAGGUAACGUUUUUUCAGCAGUUAUGAAACUCUGCAGGUUGUGAUUUCUAGGAAUUUCUACAGGUCCAUCAAAGAGUCUUCUUGAUAAUUUUCAAGAAAUUUCAAAGCCAAGUGUGAAAUGUGACUUUCCUUGUUGAGAAAAACUAUUGAAUUAACCACGGAAAAGUCGAAAAAGCUAAAAUUUUGCACAGUCAAUAAAUCAAUCAGUUGUAAAAAUCUGUCAUUCAAUAUUAUCAAAAUAAGGUUCCAGAAAAUCGAGAAAUUCCGCGGUCACCUUCUAGCUCUGGUGCAAUUCGACUUUGUCCCAAUGCCGCUCGUCUAUACUCAAGUUAGUGAAAAAUAGUUUUGAAUAUUUUUUCAAAAAUGUAUCUCUUUUUCUUCGAAAAUCUACACAAAAUUGAUAAAAGAAGCUCCUUUUAGGUGGUCACUUUAGCGGUUCGAAGUUACUUUUUCAUUGCGCUGUUUGGCCGUCAGUUUCUGGACCCGACCCGUAGCUCGGUGAAUCAUAAUUAUCAAAUUAUCGAAUUUGUCUGAAAAAUUAAACAUUUCAGAGACCGAUAGACCUCUACUUUCCGAUUUUUUCAACUCUACAGAUCAUUUUUAUUGUAGGCUGGUUAAAGGUAAAACAUAUUUAGAAUUUUCUGGUUGCAAACGGUGAACUAAGGAAACAAUUGUUUAUUGUUUUUAUCUCAGUCAUUCCAAGUGCGGUCAGAAAAUUCAAAUCGAAAGGAAGUACAAGAAAAAAAAAAUUAAUUCAGGUGUCAGAAGUCAUGCUCAACCCUCUUGGCGAGGACGAUGAGGAUUUCGAAACAAAUUGGAUAAUCGACCGAAAUAUUCAGGUAAUUUGAGGCUUGUGGUUCAUAAAAGUUGUGAAAAUUGCCCUAAAAAAUGGGUUUUAAAAUAAAAAAAACUAACAGAGAAAUAUAUAAACAGUGAAAUUUUAAAAAACCACACAAAGUCGUUCCAAAAAUUGAUAAAGUAGUCCAUUAUAAAAACAUUAAAGUGACCUCUAGAAGAACAUAACUUUAGUGAGCCCUUGAGUAGGUCGGAGAAAGUUAUUCACCUAUAAAAGUCGUAGUGUUCCCUAUAGUGAAAAAAAAAUCGUAACCUUUUAAAACUUCUUUUUUUUGCGAGCGUCUGUUCAAAUUUUAGUUUAACAACCCUUCAACUCAGGCACUGGUGCGCGCACGCGCGGGGGUACUGAUUCUUUUUUCCCUUUUCCACUGAAAUACGGUUUUAAAAAAUUUUUUAUAUUUUUGUGAAACUACCCAGUGCCCCUGCUCACUUUUAAAAGUUGUUCCGAGCAUUUUCGAACAAAUUUAUGAAAAAAAAUUGCCAAGUGAAACUUUGAUAUUUCAUAUUUUUGUGCAAUCUAAUUGUUAUAAACUGGUGCAAAAGCAAUGAUAAGAGAUGAAUAGACAUGAAAAAAAUAUUAAAAAUUAUAACUUUUCAAUUAGUUAAAAAGCUAAAAAACAAGAGAGACACCCCGCGCGUGCGCGCAGCAGGCGGCGCGCAUGCGCACUUUUGGCAACAAACACGCGCCGUCAGUGCCUGAGAAGUGGCCACUGAGCAUCAUAAAAUAUAGCGACCGAUUCAAAAGCCCCUCGGAAAACUACUAGAAUGACGACUACCGUUACAAGUUUACCUAGAUUCUUCUUAUUAGAAUUAUUUUCGCUUCUAGCUCUGGAAGAAAAGCCCUCGGAGGUUCUAAAAUCAAAAGAUAAAUAUCAGAUCGGCUACGCUGCGGUAGAUCAAGCCUACGACAAGUGUCCGAAAUUGGCGCGCGACUCGUUUUGGGGCGAAGAUCAGCCAGAGCCGCUGUACACGGCGGACGCGGCUGAACAUCGAAACGCCAACUUCGAGGGGAGCUGUGCGGCAAUGUGUGGAUUUUAUCAUUUUAUCAUAUCCUCAAAAAAAUCCUCAGAAAUCCUUAUAACCAAUAAAUCAAAAUUAAUUUUAAAAAAAUUCACAAAAAUUUUUUUAUUCUGUUAGAUAGACUUUUUUUGAAUUCGAGGCGGUUUUGAAUGCCAAUCAAAAAAAGAAUUUGUAUUUUUUUCUCAUUUUUUUGAAGCUGAAGCUCGUUAAGAUUGCACAAAUACUGAAAAAGUCUUUUUUUAUCAAUAAAAAAAUGUAGCGUGAGAAUGUCGAUUUUUUUGACCAAAAUAAAAAAAUUGAGGAAAAAUUCGCAUCAGUUCUGAAUCUGCUUUCUUUUUAUUAGUCGCCUGUGAAGUUGUUGAGAAUUAUAUUUUCCAUUGAAAAAAAUAAAAAAAUCUUUUUUUAGAUUGCCACUCAAGAACUUCAGAGUAAAAUUCCAUAAAAACUCAAUUUUUCAAUGUUUUUCAACUCUGCUCGAACAUCCACCUUGCUUCUUAGUAUCUUGAAAAUCAAAAAAAAGUUGUUCAGGAACUUCGAUCCCGACGAGGGGAUCUUUUCUCGGAUUCGGCGGCGAUCUCUAAGACCUUCCGACGCUGAUUCUGUCGACACGGCUAUCACAGUCCCUACAGUUCUCACGAAGACUUCCAAGUCUUGAAAAGCCUCUGAGAUUCUAAAAAAUGACGGAAAAAAUUAAGAAGCUACAAUCCGAGUGGAGAAAGGCUUCAGCUGGAGACGAAGGUCAAGCGACUUUCGGAUGUGUUUGACAAGUUUAUGGCGGAGCGAAGGAAUAGUGUUUGUGGGUUUCGAAUUCUUAUCUCGCCAUGUAUUUUUCUUCAAAUACUUAACAUGGUAGGUCGUUUUACCAUUCGGUUGGGGAUUUUCUGAUGAUUGCUUCAAAAGCCCAAACCAACAAAGCUUGCUAUUUUUCAAGAAAGAGGGGCUCAAAGUUUCAAAACAAUUUUUGACGGAUUUUGCCCGUUUCCUACGACUUUGAGGAGUCACUACUCGAAAACUAGGAAGUUUGGAAGGUUGAGAACUCCUGGAUCUUCACCUAGUACAUCAAGAAAUAGUCUGGUCGACUUCCAGAAAAUAUUUCACCUGACUGUACUAUGACCUUCUUGUUAGAUUAGGCUUGGAAAAUUUUUCAAAAAAGCUUUAAUGUCCCCUAGCGUCAAGAGUAGUAUAAAAAUGAAUGAAAUUUGUGAAAUUUUUCGAAAUCUCGCUCAGUUCAAUCGAGCUUCGGCUCAGUUAACCAUUGCAACACACCAAAACUUCUACAAAAACUCCUAUGGCAAAAUUUUAAGGUCUCGCCGCUCUGGACUUGAAUCGCCAACGGGAACCAAGUCCAGAAGCCGAUGAAAAAGAAGAAGAAGUUCUGGAUCUUCGUUUGAAAAAAGUGGAACCAGAUUCUACACAAGUCGAAGAAGAGCAGAAAGAGGACAGUUCCAGGUACAAAUUUAAGAAAUUUUUUUGAAAAAAGGGUACAAAAUAAAUUGAAAUAUUUUCGUUAUGUAAAAAUAGCUUGUAAUCUCUUCAUUUUAGUCUCAUAAAAGCAACGGUUUUUCCGAAUCGCUUUUUUUCAUUUUCGAGCCAGCAGUUAAAAAUCUGAUUUUUUGUUUCGCUCAAGGCCGAAUCGGAAAAUAAAGCUUGAGGCUCUUUUGUUUUGAAUGAAAAUGGUGAAAUUCUACUUUUUUGAAGUUACUUAUGAGUUGAUAAAACGUUGUCCUCCCACGACGAAUUUUUAAAAAUUCUCAAUUUUCUUCGUACCCGACAUAAGAAAAAAACAUUUAAACCGCGUAUAAGCUUCACGAAGAAUUGAAAAAUCGUGUAAACUCACUUUCAAAUUACUUUUAGGGAAAAGCCGAGGUCCUGGCGAUCCUCAACAGCUCCAUCAGUCGCUGUGGAAAUUCCCGAGCCGAGUAAUUCUGAAGAAUCGAACCAAUCAACAAUUAUAUUACCACAAGGAACGCGAAAAACGGUACAAAUCGAGAAUUUCAGCUAUUUCAAUAAUUUUUCAAGCCCGUGACUUGGUUCGUCGAUGAAAUGCCGACAAUUGAGGAGGAAGAGCAACGGCGAAGGAGCUUCACAAAAGGUACAAAAUUCUUGAUUCGUGAAAAAAAAAAUUAUUUCAGGAAUGGACAAAGACGGGAAAACGGGAAAAACCUCUCCUACUAAAAAAGACGAUUGA